GGGAGGGAGGGGGCCCAAGAGCUGGGAGCGCUGUGGGGUCUCCCCCCCCCAACUCAGCCGCUCAGGUGAAGCCUCCCAGAGGGCAUCUCUGCCAGGGAACAAGAGCGCCGACCUCCUGUUUUAUCACCUCCCAGCCCAGGCCCAGCCCACGUUGGCUCAGCACACACCCGCCAGGAGGGAGAGAGAGGAAGAGGAGGAACAGAAGAGGCGGCUCUCGCCCAGCCAGACCUCCCAGAGGCAGGGCAGCGCCAGCCAUCCCCCCAAGGGCCCAGCAGGGAUUCCUUCGCCUGGGCAGGGGCAGAGGUGGCACUGCCUCCCUCACUUUGGUGGCCGCCCCGUGUAAUUUGACACUUGGAUCUCCAGGACGACCAACAACAGAAAAGCUGAAGCCGAGACAGCAGCUGGCUGUCACCAGCCAGGAGUUCCACACGCUCUGAGGAAGGCGCCCAGCAGCGGGUCAGGAAAGAGGCAUUUGAGAAGGAAGGAAGAGGUGGUGGCUGGGCUGAGGACAGGCCCAGGAGGCUGCUGGGCUCCCCGGGAUCUGAGUUCCUAGGUGGGUGGGGACCCCAUCAUUGCUCAGCACGCCCGACAGGCGCCCAGCAGGAGCCAGCGGGAGCCCGCAGGAGCCUGGCGCACCAUGGCAGCUGCCAGCUUUGUGCAGGAGAUGCGCUCCAUGGGUGAGAGGUUACUGCUCAAGCUACAGAGGCUACCCCAGGCCGAGCCUGUGGAGAUCGUGGCCUUCUCGGUCAUCCUCCUUUUCACAGCUACCGUGCUGCUGCUGCUGCUGAUAGCCUGCUGCUGCUGCUGCUGCCCCGAGCGCAGAGGCAGGAAGGUCCACGUGCGGCCCAUGACCCCACCGUGAGGGACGGCGAUGAGGACGAGACCCUGGAGAGGAGGCUGCCGAAGCCAUGGUCCCAGGUGCCACCUGGCCCUGCGGCCCGCAGGCCACCAGACCGCGAUCCCGUGGCCCGAGCUCCGGCCCUGCCCGGGAACCCGCCACCUGCAGCCGCACCAAGGAAACAAGCGCUGGUACAGCCCCCAAACUCUGACCUGCCGGUGAAUCCCGGGGGGCCGAGGACGAGUCAACUGUUUCAAACACAGAGUAAACAUGAACUGGAACUUUCCCAAUCUGCACCUUUUAACAAAACACAGAAGCAGGGUUCCCAGACUCGGACGGAGAACAGCCCGCACCUGUGGGGAGCUGGCCCUCAGGGCCUCCACGCCAAAGAGGGGCUUUGUGAACUAGCGACUGGAUCCCGAGCUUCCCACCAGAGCGGUGGCGUCGGUCUGCUCCGGUAUUUGCCCGUUUCUUUCCCAGUAAAAGCUUUCUGGUUAUGUGUUUCUGCGGCAUCAGACUCCCUGGCCUGGGCACUGUGCUUCUGAAGGGCAAAGCGCCAGGAUCCCAGGGGUGUGGCCGGUGACUGUCCUGCCCAGGCCUCCGCACUCCCUGUGCCCGGGAAAGCUGCAAAAACACACAAGCAGGCAGGAAUGCCACGCAAGAGGGAGCAGGGGAAGGGCGAGGGUGGAAGUCCCGUCAGCACCAGCUGCUGCUGAGCUCCAGCUCCAGAGGCCCCCGCUGCCGUGACGGGGUAGCGCCUGCCCGGGUGCUGGGCUCAGGAAUGCCACCCCACAGCUUCCGCCACCAGUUACUGUAGCCGGCACACCCCACACCAGUGGGCUCAGGCCACCGGGUCUUCCCACACUUCUGGAGUCAGAGAAAAGAGGUCAGGCCCCUACUGUGGUCCGUAACCUGCAUCCUGACCCCUCGGUCCUCUCCACAUCGUGUGCCGGGCUGUCCGGGUGCCAAUCCUCACGCUACCACUCCCUGGCUGCGUGAGUGCCCGUUAGUGAUUCGACCUCCCCACGCCACAUUCCCUGCCCUCUGAGACUCUGCUAACCCCGGCAGCUACCCUCUGGGGUGAGCUUGUGAGAAACUGAGAUGACCUACAGCAAGCGCUUGGAACAGUGCUGGGCAUGUGGAGGGAUGAGCCAUCGCCACUGUCCGCCCGCCCCUCUAAGCAACAGCAACGUGGACCCAUUUUAAAGAUUGGCCCCGCCGCAAUGUA